AUGCCUCCCACUGAGAAGGAUUUUGAAGUAAAAGAAGAGUAUGUGGUCACUACAACAGAUAGAAAUCUAAACAACGGAGAAGCAUCAAAUGAUGAUUCUAUAGAAAGGCUGUCAGGUAAAUUUCAGAAUUAUACAGGUGAUUUUGAAGAGACUUCUGAACAUUUUCAACGUAGGCAGACUUUAUUUCAUAGAUUUAUUGAUUCUUUUAAAAGAGCAGAAGAAACACAUGCAAAGAGUAAUGAUUUGGAAGACGGUGCUGAAUCCAUUGGAUCAGACACUAAGUUAAAGAAAAAAAUGAAGUCACGUCAUGUUGUUAUGAUGACUUUAGGUACAGGUAUCGGUACUGGUCUGCUUGUGGCCAACGCAGCAGGUUUGAGUAAAGGUGGACCUGCAGCCUUAGUUAUUGCAUAUGGUUUAGUCUCCUUUGUCACCUAUUUCAUGAUUCAAGCGGCUGGUGAAAUGGCUGUUACUUACCCAACUUUACCCGGUAAUUAUAAUACUUAUAUGUCGAUUUUUAUUUCGAAACCAUACGGUUUUUCCACUGUCUGGUUAUGUUCUAUCCAAUGGUUAACUGUUUUGCCUUUAGAAUUGAUCACUACUAGUUUGAUUAUAAAGUAUUGGACUGAGUCAGUAAAUGGGGACAUCUUUGUGCUUAUCUUUUAUGUAUUUUUAUUAUUUAUUCAUUUCUUCGGUGUCAAGGCAUAUGGUGAAACCGAAUUUAUAUUUAAUUCAUGCAAAAUUCUUAUGAUUGCUGGUUUUAUUAUUUUCUCGAUUGUUGUCAAUUGUGGUGGAGCUGGGGUCGACGGCUACAUUGGUGGUAAAUAUUGGCAUACACCAGGGGCAUUUGCUUCAGAUUCAAACAUUGGUAGAUUUAAAGGUAUUUGUUACAUAUUAGUAACAGGUUAUUUCUCGUAUGGUGGUACUGAAUUAUUCGUUCUUUCAGUUAAUGAGCAAGAAAACCCACGUAAAUCUACACCAAUUGCUGCAAAACAAUCAAUUUAUCGUAUUGUGGUUAUUUACUUGCUGACGAUGAUUUUAAUUGGCUUCAAUGUGCCAUAUAAUGAUGAUCAAUUAAUGGGUGCUGGAGGUUCUGCCACUCAUGCAUCUCCAUAUGUUUUGGCAGCAUCGAUUCACGGUGUUAAGGUGGUUCCUCAUAUAAUUAAUGCUGUUAUUCUUAUCUCUGUGGUUUCUGUGGGUAACUCUGCAUUAUAUGCAGCUCCAAGAAUGAUUUGUUCAUUAGCUCAACAAGGUUAUGCUCCAAAGAUUUUGUCAUACAUUGAUAGAGAAGGGAGACCAUUAGUUGCUUUACUAACCUGUGCUGUAUUUGGUGUCAUUGGGUUUGCAGCUGCAUCAUCUCAAGAAGAACAAGUGUUUAUAUGGUUAGCUGCCAUUGCUGGUUUAAGUGAAUUGUUUACAUGGUCUGGUAUCUUUUUGUCCCAUAUUAGAUUUAGAAAAGCCAUGGAAAUACAAGGUAAAGAUUUGAGGGAAUUAGGUUAUCUAUCUACAACAGGUGUUUGGGGAUCUGUAUAUGGUGUUUUCUUUAAUAUUUUAGUCUUUAUAGCACAAUUCUGGGUGGCGUUAUUUCCUAUUGGGGAGGGUAAAGCAGAUGCUGAAUCAUUUUUUGAAAGUUAUUUGGCAUUUCCUAUAUUUAUUGUAUUUUACUUCGGUUAUAUGAUUUAUAACAAAGAUUAUACUCUUCUAACUAACUUAGAAGAGAUUGACCUAGAUUAUCAUAGACGUAUCUAUGAUCCAGAAUUUAUUAAACAAGAGGAGGAAGAAAAUAGAAUUAAAUUGAAAAAUUCAUCUAUUUGGGUUAGAUUGUAUCACUGGUGGUGUUAA